GCUGCAGUGCGGGUCCCGGCUCAAGCCAGCACGCUAGUGAAGGAUAGGCAGCCGCCAGCUGAAUCGAGGCAGCCCUACAGGCAGCACCAAAAUGGGCGGCGGCGUAUCAUCUCUCCCGGCAGAGGUCUCGCUUGCCGAGGCGAAGGAGCUGGCGGGCGCCAAGUGGCAGCCCGCGUGGGAGGAGAAGUUCGCGGAAGCCAAGAUCUCCAAGGACGAGGCAAUACAAUGCUGGAAGGAGUCCGAGGCCAAGGCCGCAAUCUCCGAGGCGCUCUACGAAAAGCUCCACGGCGCCGACCGCUCCAGCGUUGCGGAGGCGCUGGAUUUCUCGGCCAUCGUUAAUGAAAAGCGCGGGCAGCACCUGCCCGGCACGCGCGAGUGGGUCUUCGAGGCGGUGCUCCGCUGGCGGACCGACGCUGAUAGCGCCAAGCUCUUUUGGCUCGUGGGUGGCGGCGGCACGGGCAAGAGCGUGGCAGCGGCUGAAUUGCUCGCGCGACUGCUCGACAAACAAAACGCGGCCGCGUGGCAUUUCUGCAAGCACACCGAGCCGGCGCGAUCAGCUCCAGCGGUGCUGCUGCGGUCUCUGGCGGGCAUGCUUUGCGCCACGGUCGAGGCCUUCGAAGACGCGCUGAAGGAGAGCGCGGGCGUCGAGACUGACAAGGUCGACGAGCUCUUCGAGGCUUUACUAGCAAAGCCGUUGCGAAGCGUCGAGGCGCCGCGCGGCGCGGACGACGCCCUCGUAUUAGUCAUAGACGCGCUCGACGAACUGCCGCGGGACGCGCUGCAACCAGUGUUAUCGCUGCUCGCGACCGAGCUCAAGACGCUGCCGCCGUGGAUCAAACUUGUCGUGACGAGCCGCGACGAAGCGCAGAUUAAGGGUGCCCUCUCGGGGUACACGCCGUCGGAGCUGCGCGUCGACGAGGCGAGGAACCGGCAGGACGUGAGGGCGUACCUGACGGUACUCGCGAAGGAACACGUCGAGCUCGAGGUGACGAUGGAGUCGCUGCGGCACGAGGUCGAGGCGAAGUUCCCGGGCUUGAAGAAUCUCGACACGUUCGCCGACCUCGAGGAUCCGCUGCGCCGGUCAAAGGGCGCGUACGACGAGGCGGUCCGCGGCGUUGCUGGGAUCCACGAGCUCGAAAAGUAUAAGGAGCGACGUCUCGACUUGAUGCAAGACGAGACCGACUUCGACAAGCUCUACGCCGACGCAUCGCUGGCGCAGACGAUUUUGGUCGAUGCGCUGAAGACGCUGCCGGGCGACGUGGCGGACCCAGGCGUCAAAGGGCGUGGAUCCGCGGAGCGCAAGCUCGCGGACAAGUACACCGACAAGAAUGGGGUGCCACAUCCCGAGAAGUUUCGGGACCUCUCGCGCGCGACGGUCCUUUCCGGAAGCGCUACUGACCUACUGAAGGUGCUGACCGAAUUGGACGGUGGCGGCCUCGGCCUGGAGAUCGCUCAAUUAAAAAACAAGUUUGCCAGUCCGACGCCGCUCGGCUACCGCGAUAUGAAUUUGAACGUCAGCACACGCCUCGACGACGGCCGAAAACAUCUCGCCGAGGUUCAGCUGAAUUUAAAGAGCGUCGCGAAUGCCAAGCACAUCGCCCACGAGCAAUACGAAGUCAUUAGACUGGCGUUGCCGAAGAUGUGCGAGGGCACGAGCGUUGGCGCGGGUGCGCUCGAAGCCUUUAUUGCCGAGCGUCUCAACUCGUCGGCGCUCGACGCGGCUGUCACUUCGCUCGAACGGAAGGCCGGGGGACUGAUGCUCUACGCGCGGCUCAUCGCAGACCAGCUCGAGGCCACGAGCGGCAAGAUCGACUUUGCGAGGGUCGGCGCGCUGCCGGCGGGCCUCGACGAGAUCUACGCGGAGAACUUUCGGCGCGUGUUUGUCGACGAUGGCGCGUGGGGUGAUGCGCUGCCGCUCGUCGAAUUAAUCUGCGCUGCUGGAGAGCCGUUGACCGUCGACGCGGCGAGUGGUGCGCUGGGCUGGGAUCGAGCGCGGUGCAGGAAGGUCUGUGACGGCGUGUCCCUGCUGUUCCCGCUGCGCGAGGGCGACGUCAUUGGCGUAUUACACAAGACCGUGACUGACUGGCUGAUGGGCGAGGCGCCGUUCGACAAGCGCUCUUCUGAGGACGCGUUCUUCGUCGCGCGGGACGCGGCGCACCGGCGGCUGGCGCGGGCGUGUGCUCGGGCGAUUCGUGCUGGGGUUCUGGAUACGGAGUCGUACUCGAGCGACGCCGCCGCGGAUGUGGUGCUCGCAUCAUUUGUGGAGGGCGAGGGCGGCGUGGCGUCGGAUGCAUAUGCGUUGCGUUGGUGUUUGUUCCACUUGAAGCGGUCGAGAAACGAGGGCGAGGCCGUCGCGGUCGCCUGCAGUCUCUCGUACGUGCGAAAACGGAGCGCUGGCGAUAUUGUUUCCUUCGUGGCGGACCUGAACGUACUUCAGGGUCAGGACACACUGCUUCUUUCCGACUCCUUGGUGUUGUCGCGGAACCUGCUGUCACGGGGAUUGCCUCUCUUAGAGCAGUUGUGGCAGCGGCUUGUGCCGCGCGCCAAUGCGGAAUCGUCUCCUGCCGCGCGCCGCCUAGCCGACGAUGCCAAGAGUGCUGCGAGCAAGCUGCCGCUCUCGGCCGUGCGGCCGAUGGGUCUGACGGCGGCGGGUGGGGCGGAGCGAUGUCUGAUUGAGACUCAGGCUGAGUGCUUGGCGACGUUCGUGGAUCCGGCGACGGGCGAGCCGCGGGUUGCUUGUGGAGUAGGUGGCGUGUAUAGUCGCGAAGUGCGCAUCUACGAUCCGGUCGCGGGCGGCGCGGCGCUGGUCGUGAUUGAUGUAGGCUCGGAUGUGUACGCGCUGGCGGUCUUCACAGAUCCGGCGACGGGCGAGCCGUGUUUGGCUUGUGGCUGUUAUGAUGGGAAGGUGCGCAUCUUCGACCCGGUCGCCGGUGGCGAGGCGUUGCUCGUGCUCGAGGUGGGCUCGAGCGUGUAUUCGCUGGCGGUCUUCGCGGAUCCAGCGACGGGUGCGCCGCGGCUCGCGAGUGGAUCAAGGGACGGAAAGGUGCGCGUCUACGACCCGAUCGCGGGCGGCGAGGCGCUGCUCGUGAUCAACGUCGGCGACGAUGUGAAUGUGCUGGCGUUCUUUGUGGACCCGGCGACGGGCGAGCCUCGGCUUGCGUGCGCGCCGGGAAAGAAGGUGCUUGUCUUCGAUCCGAUCGCGGGCGGCGACGCGCUGCUCGUGCUAGAUAUUGGCGAGACUGUGAAUGCGCUGGCGGUCUUCAAGGAGCCAGCGACGAGCGCGCCGGGGCUCGCGUGCGGCACCGUGAAACGAGAUAGGUGGGGUGAUGUAGUUGGCGGCGACGUGCGCGUCUUUGACGCGGUUUCUGGCGGUGACGCGCUGCUCGUGAUCGACGUGGGAUCUUGCGUGAAUGCACUGGUCGCAUUUAAAGACCUGGCGACGGGUGCGCUGCGGCUCGCGAGCGGGUCGGAGGACAACAAGGUGCGCAUCUUCGACCCGGUCGCGGGCGGCGAGGCGCUGGUCGUGCUCGAGGGACACGAGGAAACAGUGUGGGCUUUGAUAGCCUUCGUGGACCCAGCGACGGGCGAGCCGCGGCUCGUGAGCGCAUCAAAUGACGUCCGAGUCUGGAACCCGGCGGCGGGCGGCGCGGCGAUCGAGGCGGAGCCCGAGGGGCACUCUAAUAGAGUGAAUGCCCUAGUGACCUUUGUGGAUCCGGCGACGGGCGCGCUGCGGGUCGCGACCGGGUCGCGUGAUAAGAUGAUUCGCGUGUGGGACGCUGAUACUGGUGAUUCGGUGCUCGUGAUUGACGUCGGCGAGACCGUGAUGGCGCUGGCGUUCUUUGUGGACCCGGCGACGGGCGCGCCGCGGCUCGUGACUGACUCUGGAAAGGUCUUUGACCCGGUCGCGGGCGGCGAGGCGCUGGUCGUGAUCGAUAUGGAAGCUAGCGCGCUGGAAGUCUUCACAGACCCGGCGACUGGCGCGCCGCGGCUCGCUUGUGGCUCUUACGAUCAUCAUGUCAUUGGGAAAGUGCGCGUCUUCAACCCGGUCGCUGGUGGUGAAGCGCUGGUCGUGAUCGAUGUUGGCUCGGAGGUGAAGGCGCUGGCGGUCUUCGCGGACCCGGCGACUGGUGAAUUGCGAAUCGCUUGUGGUUGUGACGACAAGAAGGUGCGCAUCUACAACCCAAUUGCGGGCGGCGAGGCAUUGCUCGUGCUCGAGGGGCAUACGUCUCGGGUGAAUUCUUUGACUGUUUUCACAGACCCGGCGACGGGCGGACUUCGCCUCGCGAGCGGGUCACAAGGCGGUUCCGUGCGCGUCUGGGACUUGGCCGCGGGCGCGGCGCUGUUCGUGCUCGAGGGACACACAAGCGCCGUUUUCGCGCUGACAGCCUUCGCGGACCCGGCGACGGGCGAGAUGCGGCUCGGGAGCGGGGGCCGCAAGACCUUGCGGGUGUGGGACGCGAGCAAGGGCGGUGCGGCGCUGCGGGUGGUUCCUUUUGAAGAUGGUGUUUUUGCUUUGACCCUCAGGGACGACAAGCGAGGGCUCUUCGUGGCUUUCGGGAAGCGGUGGGGGGAAUUGCGCGUCGAGAGCGGCACAACGCCCCUGACGCUAGCAUGCUACAAGGGUGACGUCGCCGCAAUAAACGAUCUUCUUCAGCAGGGCGCUGGCGUCGACCAGGAAGAUAAUGACGGUUAUGCGCCACUGUUCGUCGCGAGUCUGAAAGGACACGUCGACGCAGCGUGCGUGCUGCUCGAUGCGGGCGCCGCGGUCGAUAAGAGGCGUGAGGGUGAUUGGUCGCCGUUUGGGAUUGCUUGUGCCCUUGGGCACCUCGACGUGGCGACGCUAUUGGUGGAGCGAGGUGUUGAUACCGACGCAAUCAACACGUGUGUUGGCGGAAUGCCGCCGCUUCUAUUUGCUUGCCGGAACCGGAAUCUUGGUGCGAUGCGGUUAUGUCUCGAGCGCGGCGCCGAUCCGAAUUGGGCGAACGAAGACGGUCGUACGGUUCUGUAUGACGCGUGCAAAAACGAUAGCGUCGACGUGGCGCGGCUGUUGCUAGACAAAGGCGCGGAGGUCGAUCGGGCGCAGAAGGACGGCGCGACGCCGCUAUACGCAGCGUGCUUGAAGGGCCACGUCGACGCGGCGCAACUCCUGUUGGAGCGCGGCGCCGCGUUCAAGGACGACGGCAGUGCCUUCUGCGAGGGCGACACGGUCGAGGCCAGGUAUCAAGGCCAGAAAUAUUAUCCGGGAAAAAUCAGCCGGGAUUGCGGCGAGGGAAAGUAUGACAUCGCUUACGACGACGGAGACAAGGAGGAGGGUGUCGACGCGCGGCUCAUCCGCAAGCAAACACUCUCACCGCUGUACGCUGCGUGUGAGAAGGGCCACGUCGACGCGGCACGACUGUUGUUGGAAAAAGGCGCGGAUGCCGAUCGGGCGACAGAGGACGGUCGGACGCCGCUGUGGAUCGCCUGCCAGAAGGGACACGUCGACGCGGCGCGGCUGUUGCUGGACAACGGCGCGGAGGUCAACCGGGCGACGGAGCGCGGUCAGACGCCGCUGUUCAUCGCCUGCGAGGAGGGCCACGUCGACGCGGCGCGGCUGUUGCUGGACAACGGCGCGGAGGUCAACCGGGCAACGGAGCGCGGUCAGACGCCGCUGUUCAUCGCCUGCGAGGAGGGCCACGUCGACGCGGCGCGGCUGCUGCUGGACAACGGCGCAGAGGUCGACCGGGCGGAUAAGCGAGGCAUGACGCCGCUGGACAUUGCGAGGCGUAAGGACCAUGACGCGGUUGUCGCGCUGCUCGAGGAACACUUGGAUUCGAAAUUCCCACUUCACGCCGCGGCGAGGACCGGCGACGUCGACGCGAUGACUCAACUCCUGGACGGCGGCGCCACGGUCGACGCAAAGAAGGACGGCUCGACGCCCCUAUUCGUAGCGUGCAAGGGCGGCCGCGUCGACGCGGCGCGGCUGUUGCUGGGGAAAGGCGCGGAGGUAGAUCAGGCAGACAAAUACGGCAAGACGGCACUGUACGCAGCCUGCUGGAAGGGCCACGUCGAAACGGCGCGGCUGUUGCUGGACAAAGGCGCGGAGGUCGAUCGGGCGGAAAAUGACGGCUGGACGCCGCUGUUCAUCGCCUGCGAGGAGGGCCACGUCGACGCGGCGCGGCUGUUGUUAGAUAAAGGCGCGGAGGUCGACCGGGCGGAAGAGGACGGUUGGACGCCGCUGUAUGUCUCCUGCAAGAACGGCCACGUGGACGCGGCGAGGUUUUUGGUAGAUAAAGGUGCGGGGGUCGACCGAGCGGAUAAGCGAGGCAGGACGCCGCUGGACAUUGCGAAGCGUGAGGACCAUGAUGCGGUUGUCGCGCUGCUCGAGGAACACUUGGAUUCGAAGUUCCCACUUCACGCUGCGGCAAGGACCGGCGACGUCGAGGCGAUGACUCAACUCCUGGACGGCGGCGCAGAGGUAGACGCAAAGAAGGACGACGCGACUCCAGUGUUCAUCGCCUGCCAGAACGGCCACGUCGAAGCUGUGCGUCUGCUGCUGGAGAAAGACGCGGAGGUCGACCGGGCGACGGAGCGCGGUCAGACGCCGCUGUUCAUCGCCUGCUCGAAGGGCCACGUCGACACGGUGCGGCUGUUGUUAGAUAAAGGUGCGGGGGUCGACCGAGCGGAUAAGCGAGGCAGGACGCCGCUGGACAUUGCGAAGCGUGAGGACCAUGACGCGGUUGUCGCGCUGCUCGAGGAGCACAUCGAUGCGAAAUUCCCACUUCACGCCGCGGCGAGGACCGGCGACGUCGAGGCGAUCACUCAACUCCUGGACUGCGGCGCAGUGGUAGACGCAAAGAAUGACGACGCGACUCCAGUGUUCAUCGCCUGCCAGAACGGCCACGUCGAAGCUGUGCGUCUGCUGCUGGAGAAAGACGCGGAGGUCGACCGGGCGACGGAGCGCGGUCAGACGCCGCUGUUCAUCGCCUGCUCGAAGGGCCACGUCGACACGGUGCGGCUGUUGUUAGAUAAAGGUGCGGGGGUCGACCGAGCGGAUAAGCGAGGCAGGACGCCGCUGGACAUUGCGAAGCGUGAGGACCAUGACGCGGUUGUCGCGCUGCUCGAGGAGCACAUCGAUGCGAAAUUCCCACUUCACGCCGCGGCGAGGACCGGCGACGUCGAGGCGAUCACUCAACUCCUGGACGGCGGCGCAGAGGUAGACGCAGAGAAGAACGGUGCGACGCCGCUAUUCAUCGCCUGCCAGAAGGGCCACGUCGACACGGCGCGGCUCUUGUUGGAGCGCGGCGCCGCGUUCAAUAGUAGCGCCCUCUGCGAAGGCGACACGGUCGAGGCAAAGUAUCGAGGCCGGAAAUAUUAUCCCGGAAAAAUCAGCCGGGACUGCGGCGAGGGCAAGUACGACAUCACUUACGACGACGGGGACAAGGAGAAGAACGUCGAGGCGCGGCUCAUCCGUAGGCUACCACUCUCGCCGCUCGACAUCGCGCAGGAAAACGGACACGCGGCCGUCGUGGCGCUGCUCGAGGAGCAUCAUUGGAGGCCUUCGUCCGUCGGGCGGGGAAACUCCAGCUCGACAUCGUCAAAAAGGAAAUCAACCGCUAGCGGGCCCGCGCGCGGCGGCACGGAGGACGCCAUGGCCGCGAUGGCCGACGGCGGCGAGGGCGACGAGAAAGCUUUGAGGUUCUACACGGCUUGUUUUGAUGGGAAUUUGGACGAAGUCCAGAGGAUUGUGCAGGGAAAUCCUGAUUUAGAACUGAACAGGGUGAUCCACGGCGGCACGGCGUUUGCCGCGGCGGUCCAGAACUCGCACGUCGAUGUCGUGCGGUACCUCGCGGGCCUGGGCGCGGACAUGGAGACGCCGAUCCACGACGGGGCGACGCCGGCCUUCAUCGCGUGCUAUCGGGGCAACGUGGAAAUCGUGCGGUUUCUCUGCUCGCAAAUGGUCAACCUCGAGACGCCGAACGCGAACGGGAACACGCCCUUUGCGAUCGCGGCGCAGCACCGGCGGCUCGAUAUCGCGGAGAUUUUAUUGCAGCACGGCGUGAACAUCGCGCCCGUGAACAAGAAGGGGAGCACGCCCUUCUUUUUUGCCUGUCAAGAAGGGAAUCUCGACGUCGUCAAAUUCUUGGUGCGGAACGGCGCCGACGCGCGGCUAGGGAAGAACGGCAUCUCGCCCUUCCACAUGGCGUGUUAUCGGGGUCAUUUGGACGUCGUGACGUAUUUGGUGGUCGAGGUCGAGGUCGACGCGCGCGCGGUCGACGGGUCGGGGCGGACGCCUUUGGAAGUAGCGCGGCGCGCCAAAAAGGCGGACGUCAUCAACUUCCUCGAGCAGAUCGACGCGGAGAAGGACAAGGGGAUUGAUCCUUUGCCGCAGAAGUGA